AUGCCCGACGUUGCCUUUUCUCAGAAGGUUAUAGAGGCUGUUACAGAAAACAUAAUAGCUAUAAAGAAUCUAGAACUAUUUGUUCAGGACCAAGCUCUUAUCGACGGAUGCUGGAUUAAGAGGAAGGAAACUUUCAAGGUUUACGAGCCAUCCACAGCACAAGUCCUUAGGACUGUGGCAAAUUGCGAUCUUAAAGAUGUACACUCAGCCAUUGAAAGUGCAAACGUGGCUCGGAAAAAGUAUUACUCUUCAACUACAGCCGCGCAACGCGGGAGUCUUUUGCGAAAGUGGCAUAACUUGGUCAUUGAAAACGUUGAAGACCUGGGAAGAAUACUAUACCUCGAGAAUGGAAAAACCAUUAACGAGGCUAGGGGAGAGGUGGCUUACGCUGCAAGUUUUAUUACUUGGUUUACCGAAGAGGCCACACGUUCCUAUAGUGACACAAUCCCAUCCUCAACGCCCAACACAGUGGUGAUGACUAUGAAAGAGCCAGUUAGUGUCUGUGGUAUCGUCACUCUAUGGAACUUCCCAGCAGCCAUAAUCAGCCGCAAAGUCGCCCCAGCUCUUGCCGUUAGAUGUUCCGUGGUUAUCAAGCCUCCGAGCGAAACUCCGUUCACUUGUCUCGCUCUCACAAAGCUGGCCAUAAAGGCCGGAUUUCCUGGCGAGGUGAUUCAGGUCUGCCCAACAAAGAAUAGGCAGGUAGCCUCAGAGCUCGCGACACACCCUCUCAUUCGCAAAAUCAGCUUCACUAGAUCGACUAAUGUCGGCAAAAAUUUGGCCAAAAUAGCAUCUAGAACGCUGAAAAAGGUGAGCCUAGAGCUUGGCGCCAACGCUCCAUUUAUCGUCUUCGAAGAUGCCGAUGUCGACCUAGCUAUUGAAGGUGCCAUGUUGUGCAAGUUCCGGUGCUCGGGUCAGACCUAUACGUGCGCCAAUCGUAUUUACGUCCAAAGAGGCAUUUUGGACGAGUUUACGCAACGACUAGUUCAGAAAGCGUCUGAACUUCGCCUGGGACCCGGGAUCGAAGAGUCCUACACGCAGGGCCCGCUGGUCAAUGCGUCCGCUGUCGACAAAGUCAAGAGACAUAUUGAAGAUGCAGUUUCGAAGGGUGCCUCCAUCGAAAUCGGAGGCUCAGCACCCGAAGUUGAUAGGUUCUUCAUACAGCCUACCGUCCUAUCCGGCGUCACAGCGGACAUGGUAGUUUCUCAAGAUAAGACAUUUGGUCCCUUAGCUCCGAUCUUCCCAUUUGAUACUAAGCAUAAAGUCGUGGAACUAGCGAACAAAACCGAAUUUGGCCUUGCUAGAUAUUUCUUUUCCCGCAAGGUGGGGCGCGUCAUGCAUGCGCGUGGCACGAGAGCUUGA